CUGUCUGUAUCACAGUCCGUCUCCUGUCUCCAGACGGAUCGCCUUGUACCGGGAGCCGCUCUUAAAGGGGCCAUGUACCGCGAGGGAACCCCGGUGCCUAGUGGGGGGGUGUGAGACUGUCCCUUCCUAUGGAACCAGAUGAGAUUCCGUGUGGCGUCAUUGGACGCCCAGAGCAAGACCACCUUUCCUCUACAUUGGCAUCUCCCAAAUUCACUAUUCCACACACUGACAAUCGAACACUACAUCACAUAAACCAACAUUCGCCUUCAAGCCUUUCCUCUCCUUGGAGCUUCUCUGUGUCAGAUCCACAGCAAGAAAGUGAAAGAAGAGCUGAUGGGGUACAUUCAGAAGGCCAGUAUCUACAGACUGGGAGGUUUGAAUGGGCUUCGGGCAUGGAUGAUGAUGGUCACUCUACGCUUAUGAUGGUGCGGUCAGACCCACCUCCCAUUACAAUGCCAGUGUUCAGAAGAGCUUUGCAACUGGGCAGUUCACAAGAGGCCUGGCAGGGCAGCAACUACUCUGAGGAAGAUGCACAAGUAGAAGUAGAAGAAGAAGAGGAUGAUGAUGAAGAGGAAGAAGGUUCGGUCUAUACAUGUAUUGAGUGCAGUAUCUAUUUCAAAAAGAAAGCUCACCUGCUGGAGCAUAUGUUCCAGCACACUCAGGAGGGAGAAGGAGAGGGAACACAGGCUGGGGAUGGCCCACAUACCUGUGGUGAGUGUGGAAAAUGUUUUGGAGAGGAGAGUAGUUUGACAACCCAUCGCCAGCUACAUCAGGAGUCCAGACAAAAAAUUAUGGAAGAAAUACGCAAGCUAGAGAGUUUGGCAGAUGAAGGAAGGAGUGCACGUCUUCAAUGCCCAAAAUGCCUCUUUGGUACGAACUCCUCCAAAGUGUUCGUCCAGCAUGCAAAGACCCAUGUUAAGAAGGGAAUUGGUGAAAACCGAACAACACCAUCAUCAUUUAGAACUCCAGCUGAGAUGCAUGAAGAAAGUAGCACAGAAGAGGUAAAUGAUGGAAUCUGGAAUAUUGCUGAGAAAGAGGCAGAAAGUGAGCAAGAUUGGGGAGUACAUGUGCCCCAAGCUGAAGAGAUGCAAUAUCCAGGCAAAGCAAAGAGAAAAACUCCACCCAAAGAAAACACGGGAGAUUGCACAAAGGAUGAGCAACAGAAGACUGGAGAACAUUGUAAGACUUUGAAAGGCUCUUGGAUACCAGAAGCAGCAAUGGAAGUUAAGAAAAAGUUUCGAGAAGCUCUAAAGGAUGGUGGUUUGGCUGAAGAUGGACAAAGACAACAAUUAAGAGAGGCAGUGGCUGUUGUUGUACUCGAAAACAUUAGCUCUAGAAAGAGGAGAUCAAAGGUAUCCCAGCCUUGGGGCUAUAGUAAAAGACUGUCUGGAGAGUACUCCUCAAAAAAUUCCACCUCACCUUUUGAACUUCAGCAUCCUAGAGAAGAAUGGGCAGAAGAUGGAGAUGGCGAUCUACCCUUGGAUGCUCUGUUAAUGGAUCCCAGCUAUGAGGGACAACUUGAGGCACUUGGUCUUAGGAGUGAAGAACGAGAGUGUCCAUACUGUCCUGAUCGCUUCCACAAUGGUAUUGGGCUGGCCAACCAUGUCAGGGGCCAUUUAAACAGAGUCGGGGUCAGCUACAAUGUACGACAUUUCAUAUCGGCAGAGGAAGUGAAGGCUAUUGAACAGAAUUACUCCUUUCAGAAGAAGCGCAAGAAAGUGGCGAACUUUGACCCCAGUACGUUCAGCCUGAUGCGGUGUGAGUUCUGUGGUGCUGGCUUCGACACUCGUGCUGGCCUCUCCAGUCACGCCCGUGCCCACCUUCGAGACUUUGGUAUCACCAACUGGGAGCUCACAGUGUCUCCCAUCCAUGUGCUUGCUCGACUGCUUGCCCGUUCUCCCGGUCGUCCGCUGCCCCCCUUCCCGCCUUGGCACCAGGAGACUGACACAGACGUGUUGGGGUCAGAUGAGGAGGAUGGAACUCCCUUAGACCUGGGACGAUCCCAAAGCUCAAAACAUGAGCCUAGCCGGCUAGAGAAGAUGCCUUCAGACCAGAGCACUAGUAGAACAGAGGAUCCAAAAGGCCCAGGUCAGACAACGUGUGAGGUUUGUGGAGCAUGCUUCGAGACCCGGAAGGGCCUAUCCAGCCAUGCACGCUCCCACCUGCGGCACCUCGGGGUGGCAGAGUCGGAAAGCAGUGGGGCCCCCAUUGACCUGCUGUACGAGCUGGCCAAGCAGGGCAAGCUGCCGCAAGAUGAGAGCUUUUUGGGGGCCAAGAAAACUGGAAGCCCCCGCCCAGGCUCCCCCAAGGGCCAAUGGGGGGACGAGGAUGGUCCUUUGAAUCUGACCAUGGAUGGGGAACCUGGCAGAGACACAGACUGCCAGUUUUGUGGUGCAUGGUUUGAGACUCGUAAAGGCCUUUCAAGUCAUGCCCGUGCUCACUUACGACAUUUGGGGGUGACUGAUCCUGAUGCCAAAGGCUCCCCUAUUGCUGCUCUCAAUUCUCUAAUUAAAAGUGAAGACUUUAAGAAACGGCUGUCUGAGCAAGCACAAUCUGGAAAUAAUACUCACACCAAUGCUCCUGGUGAAAGGCUAUCAACAGAAACUAGUAAUGGCAACAUUCAUACCAAACUGACAGAAACUGGCUUGUUUACCAAGGUGUCAGAAGGGAAGAGUUCUGAUGGUGCCGCUAAGGGAUCUGCAGAUGGCGUCCAUUCCACACCUGCAGGCAGCAUGGCCAAAGAAACUUCUGCACAUUUCAAGAGCCCCAGUGGGGUAGCAAGGAGUACUCAGAUGAAAAUACUUGAAGCUGGAGUGCCUCAUGCCAUGUCUUCUGAGAUGGGUACCCACGUGAAGACAGAAGCUAGGCGCCCCCAAAACAAACUAUCUGAGGCUGGAACCCACUCUAAGGCUUCCCUAGCCAGCCUAACCCAUUCUCGACCACAACCUCCUGGCACACCACCUGCAAAAAAGCAAAAAAACAUUCCAUCUACUAUGGAAUCUUUCUGGGCAAGCACCAACUCCUCAUCUCCUCUGAACCUGUCCCCGGGUUCGGAGGAAGUCCGCUGCGAGUUCUGCGGCGAGUUCUUUGAGAACCGAAAGGGCCUGUCCAGCCACGCACGCUCUCACCUGCGCCAGAUGGGUGUCACAGAGUGGCAUGUCAACGGCUCACCCAUCGACACCCUGCGAGAGAUCCUGGCCAGUGGGACCUGUCCCAGGGCGGGCACCAGAGUCGGAGACCCCAACUCGGAGAAGCACCACUCACUUCCUCCUCCCUCUUCCCCUUCCAGGCCAAUGCCCUACAGUGGGUUGGCUCCAGCCAUGCAGCACAAGCCACAUCGGCUCCCCUCCUACCAGACCAAUGAUUGGCCCUCCGACCUCUCACCUCUCAACUUGUCCUCGCGAGCAGAUCCUGCAAGGGAUAUUCGCUGUGAGUUCUGCAAUGAAUUCUUUGAGAACCGAAAGGGUCUAUCCAGCCAUGCACGCUCUCACCUGCGCCAGAUGGGUAUUACAGAAUGGCAUGUAAAUGGUUCACCAAUCGACACACUGAGGGAAAUCAUACGCAAGAGGCGUCCUCCACCUCCACACCUUUCAAAUAUUAAAAAAGAGCCAAGAGGUGAAGAACCUAACAGCCCCACUCACACACACUCCCAACAUGGCAUGAGUACUUCAGGGAUGGCUCGAGAGAUGGCUAUAUCACCUCUUGGGCGGCACAAUACUUUCCUGUCUCCACUACCUGCCAAGAGGCCACCUUCUCAUGAACCACGACUUACCCAGUCUGACCCAAAGAGCUAUGUACAUCUAGAACAAAAGUCUUGCAAUCAGUCUCAAGCCAAGGCAUAUGUUCAUGGUGAAGCAAGACCCAAAUCUUACAUGCAUGAUGAGAGUAGGCCCAAAGCAUAUGUCCAGAGUGAAGGACGUCCAAAAUCUUACAUUCAGGGUGAUGGAAGACCGAAAGUAUUUAUGCAAGGUGAAGGAAGACCCAAGACCUAUAUGCCAGGUGAAAGGCCCAAGCCUUAUGGACAAAGUGAAAUCAAGCACAAACCAUAUUCUCAAAAUGAUGGCAGACCAAAACCAUACAUGCAUGGUGAAGGCAAGCCAAAAGGCUUUCUGCAUGGUGAAGGCAAACCAAAAGGCUAUCUUCAAGGUGAAGGCAAGCUUAAGGCAUAUGCUCACAUAGAUGGCAAGCCCAAGGCAUACAUUCAAACAGAACUUCCAUUUAAGGUCAAGGUGAAGUCCUCUCCAGACAAAGCACCUACUUCAUUGGAAGCCUGCUGUGAGUUGUGUGGCCUCUACUUUGAGAAUCGGAAGGCUCUUGCAAGCCAUGCUCGUGCCCAUUUGCGUCAGUUUGGAGUUACUGAAUGGUGUGUCAAUGGUUCGCCUAUUGAGACACUUCGAGAGUGGAUGAAGCAACGUCCUCAAAAGGCCGGAGCAUAUCUGAGUUACAUUCAAGGAGGGAGGCCCUUCACCAAAAAGUUCAAACGGUCCUCUCAGAAUCCUAAAGCUGGGGCUGUCGAGAAAGAAAGUUCAAUAUGUGCUGUGCCUGGUAAGAUGGUUGAGGCAGAACGCAGUCUUGGAACAUCUGGGGCAGUGGUGGAAAAGUCAGAAGGACAAGGACACAAGACAGAACGACGUCCAACAAAGGCUGCAGAGGUCCCUCCGGCACGAGAAGAUUCAAUCACAGAACCUUUACCCAAAACAGAGGAACCAAGGCCUGCACCUAGAGCACGGCCAGUUCCCUCCCUUGUUCCUAGGCCCCCUCAGACAUCCUUGGUGAAAUUUGUGGGAAACAUUUACACACUGAAGUGCAGGUUCUGUGACAUACAAUUCCAGGGCCCUCUUUCCAUCCAGGAGCAGUGGGUUCGUCAUUUGCAACAUCACAUCUUAGAAAUGAACUUCUCAAAAUCUCCCAGUCCUCAAGCUCUAGCUUCUCCAGCUCAACCAGAGCCUACAAAAGCUCAAUAGGUGCCAACAUUCAGGGAGCAACCACACAGAUUUGUAUAUAGAUUGUAAUCGCCUGAGCAUGGUGGCAAAGGCAUAAAAAUUAAGCUUUCAGUGUUUCUGGUGCAUUUCAUAAAGAUCGGGUGGAGAAUGUGUAGUUUUUGUGAUAAAGUGAAGAAUCUGUACAAUAUAUUUAUGGCAUGAAUUUGGUCAGGCUUUCUAGAACCUAGCAAGAGACCAUGUGGGUUGGAUGAUAUCCUGUGGAGCGUUCAUUCCAUUCUAAAUUCCAAUAUCUGUAGCUCCUGGAAAAUAAAUUAAAUAAUGGUAAGGUUUAUGGGGAUACUUACAGGAUUGUGAAGACUAUCUUAAGUACAUGUGCAGAGAGAAAAGUGAAACAUUUGUUAGAAUCAGAUUGGGUGCAAAUUUCUAUCUCCUUUUCUGCAUACAAGUUCUCUUGUUACAUCCCCGUCUCUCUGCGCUCAAACAUCCCUAUUAAAGCGCUCAAACCAUUUUGCUUGUGGCCUAUACUUUGGCAUAUGAGCUGUCUUUUGUUUUCGUCUUUGCUUACAAUUUUGUUUUACCCAAUCAUGCAGUUGCUACCGAUUUACAUGUGUAGAGCAAAAAAAUAUGCAGGGAGUCAACUGUUUCCUAGAAUACAAAUGAACACCGCAUAGUGUAAUACUGUAAACAUAUAUUAAAUAGUGCUAGAUAGAAUUACACUUAGGAGAUUUUGACAUGUUAAUAUAAAAAAAAAGAUUAUAUGGGGGGGCUAGUUCCCUUGCCAUUUUUUUCAUAGGCAAGGGAAUCCAGCAAUGUGUAAAGUUUAAAAAAAAAAAAGCGGGGGGGAGGGGGCUAUUUAAUAAAAGAAUAUGCAUAAAGGGUCUGUACAAAACUUGGAUACCUUUGCACUUUACUUGUUUUAUAUUUGUUUGUUUUUUUGCUAUUCUGUCCUUGAGAUAGUCCCCAAGAAGAAGAACCACGUUGGACCUGUUUUGUAUAUUGUUUUAUGAUCAGGUUUUUUUUUUUUUUUUUUUUACUUCCCACCUUGCUGGAUUUCCUUGCCUGUGAAGAAAGCAGGUUGGAGACACUGGGCACUAGCUCUCAUAUAAUCAGGGGAGGCACCUGUUGUGCGCAAUAAUAUCUCGUGAGUGCAAUUCUAUCUAGCGCUAUUUAAUAUGUUUACCGUAUUACAAUAUGUUGUGUUUAUUUGUAUUCUAGGAAACUGCUAAUUUCCUGUAUAUAUUUUUUGCCAUACACUUGUAUGUAAAGAUAUACAUACCUACUGGUGGGUUCCUUUUGGGAAGCUCAUACAGAUACCACUCAUCAGUUAAGUAUUUUUUUUGUUGGUGGUAGGUUUACUUAUAUAUACUUUUGUGGUGUACCGUUAUACUUGUGCAAGCUUCUUUGCCACCUAUUUUUUAUUGUGUAAACAAACACUAUUUCAGCUCUUGAUACCUCCCUCGCCUUCAAACUCUCUUGCUCAUACCUAAUGGUUAUGUGUGCAAGCUCUCUUGCAACUGCAGCUUUCUUCCAUUCGAACCUUGCUUGGUUUUAGUUUUGAGAGUUCAAAAGUCUGUAUGCUCACCUUUUUGGCUCAAAUAUCAAAUUUGCUGCUGUGUUUGGUCUAUCUAUUCUGUCCAAGUAAAGUCUCUGUAGAGCACACACUCUUCAAUACUUUUAUUUUUUUUUUGUUAGUAUGUCCAGAAUUGGCUUUUUAAUCCUCCUUCAAAAUCCAGUUACUAUCCACUUGCUUAGUAACAUUUAGUGAGCUCGUUUGUGGAAUAAUUAUGUUAAAGAUGCAUGAAAUGUGUCUUGGGUGAAUGAUUCAGUGUUUUUUUUUUUUUUUUUUUUUAACCAGUUAAUAUGUUAAAGGAUGACACAGUGUAGAUUUUUCUUCAAAUUGUUACUGGGAAUGUGGUUUGGAGAGUAAGUUACUAAAACAAAGUUGAUGACUGUAUUCUGUUGACAGGAGUGAACUGUAGACUUAAUAUAUAACAAUAGGUGUAAUUUUCAGAUUUUGGUUAUGACCAAAACAGAUUUAUGCGAACACUAAAGUUGGUGAGGUGCUUGAGUAGUCUCUGGGAUUAUGUGAUUAGGUGCGGCACUGCCAUCUCUAACUGUAUGGUAGUACUAGCAUUGGGUGGACUGUAAUUUGGUUGGACAUUAAUUUGUCUCUUGUAUCUAUAGCUCUCCAGCUCCUUUGAGAUUAAAAUUAUACAAUGUUCAGACAGCACUAACUGGUAAGUGCCUGUUUAGGUAACAUCACUAUAAACUAUUCUUUUGUUGAAACCCACCUCAGCUGCCCACCUACCUCAUAAAAGAUCCCAGGCAUCUUUUUUAAAUUGCUCAGUCCACUGAAUUGGCCCAUUAUCUGCCCUAUGUACCUAAGUUCUGCAUAACGUGAGGGCUAUCCUUUAUGUAUAUAAUAUAUACGUCGUAAUAUUGUGGUUGUAUAUCUUGUCACGCUCCCCUUUUUGGGGCAACAUAUCUUUUUAGGAUAUUAGCUACUCUGAUAUUUUUAUGUGGUCUGUUUCCAGAUCCCAUGAGACUGUUCUCCCUCAUCGCAAUACAAGUUAAUCCUAGCUUUCUUUUAUUUGGGAGGGGCGUGGGGGGGGGGGGGAUUAUCGGUCCCCUACUGUAUCUUAUGGGUAACUCCCAACUUCACAUUCAAGUAUUGUUCAAGGCCCCGUUUUAUAGUUUGGGUUCGAGAUUAUUAGAAGCUCUCUUCUUUCACAUAGACCUCUAAUAUUUGUUAUGGUAACUGUUGUGCUGGUUUCGGGGGAUGCACAUUGAAGUUUAUACCAUUCUUUUCCUUCCAGGUUUAGGAAAAAUGAACCCUAAAAGAUGCUUUUGCAAUCUUCUCUUAAAAUAGUUGAAUGAGAGAGGUGAAGUUCCACGUCUCCCUGACUCAUGAAUUUUGUUAAACUGUGUUUCACAUUAUUUAGCAUAUGUAUUCUAGCACCUUCUUUGUUUACAAGUUGUCUUCCACUUCAUUCUAUGCCUCCAGUCAGAUGAUUGGCUUUUUUUUUUUUCUUUUCUUUUAAUUUCAUUUAUACUUCUAUUUGUCAUAAAAUUCUUCAUUGUUAUUCCCCCCCUUCAUUGAGUUUACUGGACUGCACCUUUUAAAAUACUGUUGUGAGGAUACAGGACUUGCAAUGUCUGUGUAAAGAUUUUACAUUGCCUCCUGAUCUUUAAAAGAUUUAAUAAAAUAAUGCCUCCAUUAAUGAGCCCUUUAUUGUCCCUAGGCAGGCAGCAACAGCUGAAGAAUUGCUCAUAAAUGUGCGAUUUUGUUUGUUGGCACUACCAUAUUUAAUAUGGUGUAUAUAUAACUUUGCACAUUCAUAUUUAAUAAAAGGCAGUUAUCUUCCACCUCAUUGAAUCAGGAUAUUGGGCUAGGCACACCUACAUUCAUCUUUUCCUAGGGGUAAAAAUCUGCUUUUUAGGUCUUUAUAGAAAUUAACUCCCACAAUUCUCAAUCUUUAAUCUAUAAUUGCUCCAGGCUAUGAACUCUGUAUUGUUAAUAUUCUUUUCAUAGUGUUACCAUGCGUUACUGAUUUAUAUUUUAAAUUCUGUUGGGUUUAAUACUUUGUGUAGAAUUCAAGUAAAACAAUUGGUUCCUA